AAUUGAAAACAUGGAGCAAUUGCAGAAAUGAAAUUAUAGCAACAGCUAAAAGAUACAUUUUUUUACGUUUAUUAUGUACUUAAUGAUAAUACUUGUCAAUCCCAUUCCCUCCUCCCCCACACUAAAAAUUGCAACUCGUCAAAACAAAAUCUAGCACACUGUUUAUGGCUGAACUCUGCAAAAACUGUAGGAUAAAAAGAGAAUAAGCGAUGCGGGAUGUUCAUAGGUCAUGCAAGGCAGCUUCUGCCUAAGCCUUGUUCAACUUUUUGUGUUCUCUUCAUAGAUUUGCGAAUUAUGGCGGAGGAUUUAAAAUCUUUUCUGGUGGAAUAUGCUCCACAGGGUCGUGCGAAGUGCAAAGGCUGCAAAGAGCAAAUCGAGAAAAGCUCUGCUCGGAUCGCUAAACUCGCCCCGAACCCCUUUAGCGAGGAUGGGGGACUCAUGAAGCAAUGGUAUCAUGUGAAAUGCAUCUUUGACUCGUUCAGUAGAGCAAGGGCGACGACCAAGAAGAUAGAAGAUGCCGAGGAUUUAGAUGGGUUUGUUGACAUGAAGCAAGAUGAUCAAAAUACCAUCAAGCAAUUAAUAUCUGGUUUGUCUGGGAAGAAAGUGUCACCAGGGAAGAAAGCCAGUCAAAAACCCACAUCAAGCCCUGGACAGAAGAAGGUCCAGGGGACAUUGACUUUCAGUCCAACCAACACAUCUGUAAGACCUUUGAUGACAGUUGCUGGCAGCUCUAAAGCUGACAAUCUAAGUGCCUCGAAGGCUGGUGCUGAAUCAAGUAAAGAUGAUGCUUUCCGUGAGUUUAGAAAGCUUUGUGUGCAACUGGCAGAGGAGCCAAGUUAUAAUGCCAAGACAAGACUUGUGGCAAACCUGCUGAAAAAGGGGCCUUCUGGAAGUGGUUUUCAAGGAGACACUACACUCUGGGUAAAGAUGUUGCUGCCUGCAAUCAACAAAAGAGUUUAUAACCUGCAGAGCAAGCAGCUGGUGAAACUUUUUAGUCAGAUAUUUUGUUGCAACUAUGAUGACAUGGUUACUCAUUUAGAAGAGGGGGGUGAUGUGUCAGAAACUAUUAGUAAUUUCUUCACAAAUAGUAUAAUCUGCAAGCCAGCCAAGAAAAGCAACCUAACCCUUCAGCAGGUUGACUCGUUUUUGGACAGAUUAAAGUUGUUGACCAAAGAAGAUGAUCAACAGCGAGAGCUUUGCAGCAUUACUCAGCGCUGUACCUCUAAUGACCUUAAGUACAUCAUCAGGCUUAUCAAACACGAUCUACGGAUGAAUGCUGGUGCCAAACAUGUUCUUGAAGCCAUUGACCCUGAUGCCUACAAAGCAUUUCAAGCAUCAAAUGACCUUGAAGAUGUUGUGAAGAGAUGCUUGGAAAAACACGCAAGUUCUGGCAAUGAUAGGGUUCCUGGAAUGUCCAAGAAAUUGAGCAUUCGAGCAUCCUUGAUGACCCCUGUCAAACCCAUGCUGGCUGAAGCCUGCAAGACAUUCUCUUAUGCAAUAAAAAAGUGCCCAAAAGGAAUGCUUGCAGAGAUCAAGUAUGACGGUGAACGAGUACAGGUGCAUAAGAGUGGAAGUAAGUUUGAAUUUUUCAGCCGAAGCUUGAAGCCUGUUCUUCCACAUAAGGUUUCAGCAUUCAGGGACUUUCUUCCCAAGGCUUGUCCCCAUGGCAACAAUCUCAUUCUGGACUGUGAGGUUCUGCUAGUUGAUAACAAAACAAGUUUGCCUCUUCCUUUUGGAACUCUCGGAAUCCACAAAAAAUCUGCAUUCAAGGACGCUAAUGUCUGCCUCUUUAUCUUUGACUGCUUGCAAUUCAACGAGGAAAACGUGAUGAGAAAAUCAAUGACAGAGAGACGAAAAAUCCUGGAGGAAAACGUGACAGUGAUUCCGAAUCGAAUCAUGCUGUCAGAGACUACCUUCGUUAAGGACGAGAAGAAGUUGUCCCAACUGAUGGCACGAGCUAUGCGUGAUGGUCUAGAGGGUCUUGUGUUAAAAGAUGUAACGGGUCAGUACGAGCCUGGAAAAAGACAUUGGUUGAAGAUGAAAAAAGACUACCUUGAAGAAGGAUCCAUGGCUGAUACCGCUGACCUGGUGGUAUUGGGGGCGUAUUACGGUACAGGCAACAAAGGAGGUCUGAUGUCCGUUUUCUUGAUGGGCGUGUUCAACCCCCGUAUCAAAAAAUGGUGCACUGUUGCCAAGUGUGGAAACGGCCACGACGACAAGACUCUCGAUAAGCUGAACCGUGAACUGAAGGUCAAGAAGAUCAGCAAGGAUCCUAAUAGAGUUCCCGUGUGGCUUGAGGUUCACCGGAGUCUUAUUCCAGAUUUUGUCGUUGACGAUCCUAAGAAAGCGCCUGUAUGGGAGAUUACUGGUGCCGAGUUCAGUAAAUCCACCACGCACACCGCCGACGGAAUAUCGAUCCGAUUCCCGAGGGUCACUCGGAUCCGAGACGACAAAGACUGGGAAACAGCAACUGAUCUAGACCUCCUGAAGACACUGUUCAAGAACUCACGUGGAUUUACAGACGUCUCUACGUUAAUGAAGUAUAACACGAAAAACGAAGACGAACCCAUGGAUAGCGAUGAGACGGUUGAUAAUGAUGACGUAACUGAGCGAAAAUCUAGCGCUAAAAGAAAAGCCAAUCAAAUUGAAAAUGAUAAAGACGAGGCAAGCGACAGAAAGAAAAAAGUGUGCAUGUAUGGCUCUAAAUGCUACCAGACAAAUCCCGACCACAUGAAGAAUUUCCUUCACCCUGAGAGACACACAAAAAGUACCGAUAGCGACCGCUCCGCUGACGACAACACAACGUCAAAUGAGUUGCCCAAUGUUUUUAGUGGCCUUCAGGUCUACGUCCCUGAUACCAUCAAAGACUUUAACAAGCUGAGGAGAUACAUCAUCGCAUAUGACGGCGAUGUCGUGACAGACAAAAGCACGGCAACACACAUCAUCGCCAACUCAAAGGAAGAAAAUAACGAGGACGCUGUUGUGUUGUCAGCCGAGUGGGCCUGGGCUAGUAUAAAGAAGGGUCGGCUUUUGCCCGUUAAGAAAUUUAGACUUUGACAGUUUGCUUGUUUACGCAUAUUUACACUAAAUACCUGAAUUCUUCUUGGUUAGGAAUUGGGUGGCUGGAUAUUUAUCCUUAAAUUCUUGAAUUCUUCUUGGCUGGGAAGGGGGGGGGGGGAGGGGGUUCACGAAUCUCGAAUUAUGCUAACCAUCUUGCAGGUGGUGGAUAAUUUAUUCACCCCGGGGAAAUGAUAUACACUGGCGCUCCCGCGGGCAUGCGGAGUGGCAAAAAAUAUCCCGCUUCCCGCGGGACCACACGUCUAAUUCCAGGCGGCGCCCCAUUAUCCCAUUGGUAGAGUUUUCGGCGACAAAACAGACCAUCCGCCAUCUGAAAGUAAGCGAGCACAAAUUCAUGCAAGAUUUAUAAUUAAACAGCGCCUUUCAGUUUAGAAGCGGCCUAGUAAGUUAGUCAGGAUUUUAGAUGUCGUUUAAAGCUUUCUUAAAGAAACUUAGCACUGUUUGUGAAAAGCUCUUAAAGUAAGAGCGAGCUUGUGUAAACACACGUGCAAAUAAUUGCUAAAAGUGAUAACUGGUAUAAGUGGAAUUACUUGCAGAUACAAUAAUUAGAGUCUGUUUUCAUAAACCCGUCUGACAAAGUUUUUUUUUUUUUUUUUUUUGGUUUUGCGAGUAUAUGAAAUCUAAUCAACAAAUUCUAUCUGUUACGGCUCUGCCGGGUGCGUAUCCGUAGAAAGCUGACGGUGGGUCGUGCUCAGCCAGUGGGCAGAAUGUUCCGUCCCUGCAAGACCUGCAAAAAUGUAUUAAAUAUUAACAGUUAUAUUUAUAAGUGACUUUUAGUACAGGCAAAAUUGAAUCUAAUUACUCAACUCAAUAUAACUCAAAGCGGCCGCUGUGUACAGAAACAAUGAAAUGAAUGAAUAUAUUAUUUAUUCGUAUAUGAAAACGGUUAAGAUUGGUUCGCCUAUCUCACAAGCUCAUAGGCAUCCUAUGCUACCUCCCCGACACUCUUCCUAUGUAUCUAUCAUGUCGACAGGGAAUGGCUAUUUUGUGCUUCGUAAUGAAGCAGUCUCUUAUUUUAAUUUUGACCAAUACGGCGUUUAAUUGUGACUUUUCAUAUGCAUUUUUAAGCAUCAAACGCCAUGUCACCGAUUGUUGUGUUGUUGUGCAAACUCUUCCCAUAACAUUCCCUCUCCGAACCUUUGACCCCUUGAAAACUUUUGUAACCCUUAAAAUUUUUUAUAACCGGGCACUUAAAGUCGGUAAUCGUUCGUCGAAAACCCCAUCAGCUUGUGGACUAGCCGUUGGACAGUAAAAGGCAAUAAAGAUUAUGCAAAAAAAA